UGCUCAAGCUGCUUCUACCUGACUUGCCACAGCAGAAAGGAAGACUACUGAACACAAGACUACUGCUUGUGUUGGCGCUUCUUGUAGCAGAACCACAGCUGCUUCCCGUGUCCUUACGAAGAAGGCAGCCCCUGCGAGCGCUGCCACUGCUCACGUGCAGAGCAGCCCAAUUGCUGGUGCUGCGGCUGCUCCUGCACUAAUGACCCAGAGUGCAAACGCUGCUACUGCGGUGGAGGGCAUGUAGCUUGUAGACUACUUCAGAACACCACUGCAUUUGACAACAUCAAACUUAAAAAGCAGAAAGACAUUUCAGAAUACAUAAACUAUACCUCCAGUCCGCUAUCAUACAUGGAUGGCCUUAUACAAUACUCUAAAGAGGCUCUUCAGGAGGAAAGCCAAGCUACGGUUCUGCAAUCUGCACCCUGCUUGGUGAAAGAAAUAGAAAAUGCAGUUCCUUCCAUUUUCCAACCUAGUCCACGUCUAAGAGAAGAUCCCUUAAGAAAACUUCAACUCAACUUUGAUGAACUUUUCUCUGUUUUACAGGGACUUGUCCCAUCCCUCAGUGGAAUGAAGCUGUCAGAAAGUAAAGCAGAAAAAUAUCCCUAUUCUUUUAAACCAGAGAGAAUGGUUCCAAGGCAUGUUUCAAGUACUCACAAAUCCAAGCAAGCAACAUUGUUCCAAAGUCCAUCUUUAAACUCGUUUGACUUAGAUGUACCACCUAAGGACACUGUCAGAAGACCAAGCUGUACACCUCCCCAUCAUCCCGCACAGAUCAGUGAAGUGUGUGCAUACAGGAAUACAGCUUGUGAAACUCCAAGAAAAUGAAGAUAAUAUCAGCUUGUUAACUUUCCAAGUCCAGAACCUACAGACAAUGAAACAGUCCCAAGAUGUGUUGCUACAUAUCAGACUCUUCUUUACUCCUGGUCUGCCAAGAUUUACUGGACUUGUCCCAAAGAUGACAUGGCUUUCUUUGAGGUAGAGUUUCAUGAAGUUGCUGGUAUUGGUCCUGAUAACAUUGUCCAGACACAACUACCUGGCCAGCUAGGCAAAAUACAGCAGCAGAACCUUGAAAUACAUAAUCUAGAUCAAAACACAGAAUAUCUUUUUGAAGUCUGUGCUGUCAAUGCAAGUGGUCAAGGAGAAUGGCGUGACAUCUGUAAG